AUGGAUCAGACGUAUAAGAACGCUGCGUGUGUUGCUGUAUGGUUAGGCUUGACACCUUCCAUUUCGAACUCCCCGAGUCAGAACACCAUCAUUUCGCCCCUAAGAAUACCCAGAGAGGAUUCCUUGUGGGGUGACGAGUUGAUAAGCGAACUUGUGAAUCGACCGUACUGGUCUCGGGUUUGGGUCAUCCAAGAAUUCUUGCUCGGAAGUGACGUGGAUAUUUGGUACGGGAAGAACAAUAUAAAUAUUGAACUGUUUCAGGACAUGAUUCUUGACCAUGCUGGAGUCAACCUCCACGUGAUUCAACAUAUGGAUUAUACCCCGUCAAAAAUUCCGCACAGGGCUUGGUCACUUGCCACUGGCCGGACUCCUGAACGGCAUCCUGACUUUAGCCGUCCUCUGUGGCGUCUUCUCGUUGAUCAUCGUUAUUCAAUGUGCAAGGACCCACGGGACAAAGUCUUCGCCCUUCUAGGACUCGUACCGGAAGAGGAGCGGGACCUUCUAGGCCGAUUUUUCCCCAACUAUGAUAUGUCAGAAGAUCACGUGGUUAUUAUCACCUUGAUCCAUUUACAGGAAUACUCUCGAGUCGAAGAUGAGUGCCCGGAAAUAAUGUCGACUUCGGAUGAUAUCUUCCUAGGUCUCGGGGUAAAUGAUAGAUCACGGCGGAGAGAACUUCUGCGUCGAACUGCAGACGUUCCUUUUGAUUACUAUGACGACUUGACAGGCAAUCCGCUAGAUAGUAGUGACUAA